AAUGAUAAACUUUAAGGGCUUUAUUUCAUUGCAAGAGAAGCCGAGUAAAAUUGUUGUGGUUUCGUAAUGAUUUUAUAUACAUAAAUGUUACAUAGACAUUAUUGUUUUUACUUUUUAAGAUAAUUGUUUGUCCUACAUAAUGGUGGGAAUGAAUUUGUGGGGUUUGAAUUCUUUUUUAAUUUAUUUGAGAAACUAACCCGAUUCAGAAAAGUCAUCCCAAAUCACAAUAAUGGCCGAUAUAGAAAAAUUGAAGAAAAUGGUUCUGAAGUUACCGCUCAGUGAUCUACAAACUAUACUGGACUAUGCAGGCCGCAGGAAAGUCGGCAAAAAGAGAGAUCUACAGGCGAGAAUUAUCGGGCUGCUUCAUCAGCCACUGGCCGGAAGAGUCAAGAAGAAGAUAAAAGAAGUUUUUGAUUCCGUGCAGUGGCGCGACAGGCGGGGGCAGGACAGCGACGAGGAGGACGAGGAUCCGGACUUCGGCAGACCGUCCCGCUCCAAGAGCAACUUGGCCCCGUUCCUCGGGCACCAGCAGAGCUCCUGGGAUGACAGCAUCAACAUCUACAACGCGUACAACAUGCUGAUGGACCACCAGCGCAAGUCGAGGUCGCCACGGGCUGGUCUCUACCCCUACCCCGGCUACAUUCUGGACAAGCCGUCGUUCCCGGCGAGCGCCAACAACACGCUGCCCAACAUCGAGCUGAAGAAGUUACCGUUCUACGAGCACCUCGCGGUGCUGCUGGAGCCGACCACGCUGAUUCCCAGGAACAGCAGGCGACUCAACGAGGCAAGUUUCCACUUUUACCUCACACCUCAGCAAGCAACUGAUGUGAUCUCUUCGUUCACUAUCGAACAAGGAUUCACGAAAGCAAAUUACGUUACUCAGGUGCAGUUGAGGUUUUGUCGGCUGGAGACGUUCGACCAGCACGACGACUGCUUCCCGCCCGGAGUGUCGAUGCGAGUCAACGGGAAGCUCUGCACCCUGCCGGCGGCGCCCCCCGCCAGCACGGCGGGCGUGGAGCCCAGGAGGCCGCCGCGCCCCGUCGACCUGACGCCGUACCUGCAGGCGAGCGCGGACGCCGCCAACCGGCUGGACGUCUCCUGGAACCCCCUGUACGGCCACGUGCACGUCGUCACCGUGUCCCUGGUGCGCAAGCUGACCGCGCAGCAGCUGCUGGAGCGCCUGCGCGCGCGCGGCUUCCGCGAGGCCGAGUACACCAGGGGGCUCAUCAGGGCGAAGAUGAGCGGGGAGGGGGAGAUAGCGGCCACGUCCCUGCGGCUGUCCCUGGCCUGCCCCCUGGGCAAGACACGCAUGGCCCUGCCGUGCCGCGCCAACACCUGCUCCCACCUGCAGUGCUUCGACGCCGCCGUGUUCCUCAGCAUGAACGAGCUGAGGCCGACGUGGCUAUGCCCCGUGUGCGGCCAGGCGUGCCCCUACGACGCGCUGCAGCUGGACGGGUACUUCCACGAGCUGCUGUCGUCCGAGGCGCUGCCGGCGGGCGUGACGGAGAUCCAGGUGGACGAGCAGGGCGCGUGGUCCCCGUACAUCAAGGAGGACCCCCAGGUCUCCUCCUCGAAGCCGGCUGAGGAGUUUGUUCUGGAGGAAAUUGCUUUUGAUGACAUUGAAGUCAUCUCGAUGAAACCAGUCUCAAACAAGAGCAAAAAGCCGAGUCGCCCUGAAAUAUUAGUCGAUCUCACGAACAGCGACUCGGAUGAAGAGACGAGUAGCAGCAGUUCCGAUGAAGAAACGAGCAGGAACUCGGAAGAGGAUCGGCCGUUGACGGAGCUGAUCAAAGUAAAGUCCCAGCCCAGCACGUCAACAGAACCAGUUCCAGGAGCUGGAGAUUCCCAGGGUGAGUGGGGCGUUGGGCGGCUGCAGCCGAGAAGCAGUGCCGCGAGUGAUUCGUCGGUCAUACUGAUAGACCUGACCUGAACACUGGUCGCGCCGGCAAGCCUGGCGCAAGUGGCGGUGUUGCCAUCCUGCUCUUCAGCCCGAUGACUUUUUUUUAUUGGAGGUCCACAGAGAAGAGAUCUAAAUGUGCAGUGUGUGAUGGGAAUAAUUACUGUUUACAGUUUUCCAUGUACUUGUUCGGUGGACACAUUGACCAAUCAGUAAAUCCCAUUGAAUUUUAUAAAGUAUCUGUAAGACUGGCGUGAUUGUGAUUUUAUAAAGUGGUUGUAAGCCGAGAAUGAAAUCAGUUUGAAAAGCAUCGUCAGCUCAGUGACUUGCAAGCACUGUGUCAUUUGAAAAUUGUGCGGGACGUCCUUAAAAACAUUCUCUUGAUGUUGAGCACCAAAGCCGAAAUGUAUUAAAGUGAAAACAAAUUUUUCAUUA